GCAAUCUGCUGCAACACAGGAAAAAAAAGUGAGGGAGCGACUUUAGAGAGUGGUGCGAACCAGUUCAAACAUACGGCCAUUGUUGUAUGGGCUAGCCAUAUAUAUGUGCUGUGUCUGCACUGCAGUUUUGUUGGUGUGAAAGUUUAACCUCGCGUCAGUUUUGUAGAAAACCUGAUAUUUACAUACUUUUUUUUUUGCCAUGUCCGAGGAAAUUGAAGGAACAAGGCCCGCCACCGAUGAGGCAACCCACAAGGAACAGCAGGAGAUUGAUGAUAACGUCAUCAGUCCAGAGAAGGCAGAGGAGGUGAAACUGAAGGCCAGGUACCCUCAUCUUGGAGCCAAGCCUGGRGGCUCUGACCUGCUCCGGAAACGCCUUCAGAAAGGGCAAAAGUUCUUUGACUCUGGGGACUACAACAUGGCCAAGGCUAAGGUGAAGAACAAGCAGCAGCUCCCUGCAGUGACGCCGGCUGAGAAGGCAGAGAUAACCGGGGACCACAUCCCCACACCCCAGGACAUCCCCCAGAGGAAGCCCUCUAUCGUGGCUAGCAAACUGGCUGGCUGAGUGGGUUGAUGGAACUAGGAACUUUUGGAACUGUUUUGUUCUGUUACCAUUCCAUCGCUCGCUCUUGUUCUCUCUCUGAGCCGGUCUCAAUUAGUUCCCUAUGUCUACCGCUUGGCACUAACCCUUCAAUGCAUGCAUAUUUUGCUGGCCCUUCCACCAUAUUCCUCACAUUUGUUCAAACAUUGAAGAGGUAGGGGGGCCCAAGGGGAAUGUAGGGGGGCCCAAGGGGAAUGGGGUGGGGCCUUUGGGAAGGGUUAUGGCGCUAAUGGGUUUGACAAUGGGUUAGGGAGCCGUGGGAGAGGGAGCCAAGCAUAGGGGUGUGGCCAAGGGGAAGGGUUAGGGAGCCAAGCAUAGGGAUGUGGCCAAGGGGAAGGGUUAGGGAGCCAAUUACCUCUACUAGGACUCUGUCUUCUGCCCCCUUUCUUUCAUUCUUGCACCUUCUACAUAAAGUGCAUUCAGGAAGUAUUCAGACCACUUCCCCCUUUCCACAUUUUGUUACGUUACAGCCUUAUUCUAAAAUGGAUUC